UGGCCCCUCCCUUCCGCAGCUGCAUCCUCGCUCCCCAGCCUCACACCGGCGGCGAGGGCAGGUGCAGCGGGCGAGAGACAGGGGACGGCUGCCGGGAGCCCUGCCGAGCCGGGGAGCGAAGGGGGACCGGCUGCUCUGGCGCAGGAUGGAGUCUGUGGCUUUGUACAGCUUCCAGGCGACAGAGAAGGACGAGCUGCCCUUUCGCAAGGGAGACACGCUGAAGAUCCUGAAUAUGGAAGAUGACCAGAACUGGUAUAAAGCCGAGCUGUACGGCUCAGAAGGAUUCAUCCCAAAGAAUUACAUCAAAGUCAAGCCACACCCGUGGUACGCGGGAAGGAUCUCCAGGCAUCUGGCCGAAGAAAUCCUCUUGAAACGCAAGCACUUGGGAGCCUUCCUGAUCCGCGAGAGCGAGAGCGCCCCGGGGGAAUUCUCCAUCUCCGUCAACUAUGGGGAGCACGUCCAGCAUUUCAAGGUACUCCGAGAAAGGAAUGGCAAAUAUUUCCUCUGGGAAGAAAAGUUCAACUCCUUGAACGAACUGGUGGAUUUCUACAGAACCACGACCAUCGCCAAAAAGCAACAGAUCUUCCUGAGAGACGACGACCAGAACCAUGAGGUACAGGGCUGUUCGGCUGCCCACACAGGUCACGCCAGGAGGGUUGCGAAAGAAGGAGAGGGCAGUGCCCAGCCCAGCAUGCCCACUGCUCACCAGCAAAAUCACAAGGUGAAGAAGCCGAAGUUCGUCCAGGCUCAGUUUGACUUCUCCUCCCACGAUCCGUCCCAGCUGGCCUUCUACCGAGGGGACAUCAUCGAGGUGCUGGACUGCCCCGACCCCAACUGGUGGAGAGGGAAGAUCUGUGGGCGAAUCGGCCUGUUUCCACGGAACUACGUCCACCCCAUUCACAUGUGACCUGCUAGCCAGGGUCUGCCUGGACGCCAGAGCUCCCUGGCUGCCCAUUACAAGAUAAACUGCAAUCCCCUUCACCUGAUGCCACAGAGCUUUUAGGGGACAAGUUACCAGAGCACCAAGGACCUUUCCUAGGCUUAAAGCCAGACUUGGGAUGCUGCGCUGGACAGACCUGAACCUCUGGGAGCUGUGUGCCCCGGUGAAGCCCCCUGCGCUGCAGAAGCAGCCUGCGCUAGGCAUUUGCACAUGGGGUUUUCAGUGCGGCGAAGAGGAGGCGAUUUACUCAGCCCAGCGCAUAAAAAGGACGCGACCAGAGUGAACUUAACGGGGCUCCUAGCAAUCCUGAUCGCGCCAUCACUUUGCUUACGUGGUGUAUCCCUUCCUGGUCGUCCUCUGUCUAGCUGCACUGCAAGCCCUUUGGGGCAGGGACCUUUGUCUCACACCUUCCUGCUAAGUGCCAAGCACGCAAUAAACCAUCCUAAUCCCACUCACUGAGCCUGCUCUCUGAGGGCGAGGCGCGGGGAGCCUGGCUUUUCCCAGCUCCGGGGCUUGCGAGCAGCCAGGUGACCUGGCCACCCCAGGCAGCUGUCGAGCCAAGAGGAUUAAGAAUAACCCUUCCAACAAGUAUUUCCUUUGACUGGCCUCCUCCUUCUAGAAUCAGCCCCUUGCCCUUCCCAGAUCUCAGGCAGGCAGGCCCAGGGCCAGGGGCUUUCCCGUGGGGUUUCUCAUACAGAGCACACUGACCUCUGUAGGUGCCACCAUGCCCAACCAGCCCCAAACCUGCCCCUUGUCCACACCUCCACUCCACUCUGGAGCACCAGGGCCCUGCAGGCAGCUGUCCCGUCCCCCUUGGCGGGUCCCUGGGCAUUCUCCCUCCAUCCUGCCCUCCCUGCGUCCUGAAACUGCGGGGAGUUUUACUUCUACUCUCACAGCUGCCAUUUCAGGAGACGUAUCUUUGAACGUGGGCAUCUCUCCCGUCUUUCUCAGCCUGGAGCCGCGAGGACCUGCUUGGACGCUCUCUGCACUGGAGUUAUCCUGAGCCAUCAGCACGAGUGCAAUCCACAGUGAUUAACGAGGAGGCCAUGGGAGGGGACCGCACAUUCCUGGCACCUUUAAUAGGGCUUCACAAAACGAUCAAAGAGGCCGUGCGUCUUUUACUGCACCUGGUUACGAGCUGACUCUGACGCGCUGCCAGCUGGGUUCCACCGCUCACCCAGGGUGGAUAGAUUUAAUUCAUUGUUUAUGCAAAUAUCUCUCUGUCCCACCCAGUGCUGGUGUCGUCCCAUUAUCAAGAGAUGGCUACGUUCUGGGCCAGAUCCCACCUUGCCAGAGCAGGUGUGAUGCAGCUGAAGUCAGUGGAGUUACGCCCUCACGCCAGGUGUGGAUUCGGCCCAGUGAUUAGAAACGGCUUGGAUUGUGUGUUGGGCGGGCGGGGAGGCUGUUUUGGCCACCUUUAAAAGCCAGCGUCACCCUUGGGAAUCCUGCCAAGUCAAACUCCAAGUGGGAAGGGAGGCUGGCUCCCUGAGAAGAACUGGGGUAUUUAAAAAGCAAAGACUGGUGAAACCUGUUAGAGAAGGGGCUCAGAGGGGGAAGAGGCCCUUUUUGUUCUCUUCCAACUCACCACAAGCUGGGAGCUCAGGGAGAUGCUAUUAAUGGUCUAAACUGAAGGCCGUGGCCUGAACAAAGCAUAUAGCACCGUAGACUCCUCAGCGAUAAGAGGAAUUUGUAACACGUGCUACUUCUAUACUCACCUGAGCCUCAGGGAAAAGUGGACACAACAGUGGCCAGCAAACUAAGCUGAAGAAAGAUAAGGGCUCAACCUGGAAAUACUCGCCUAAGAAACAUAUGAUGAAUCUAUGGAACUCACUGCUGCAGGAUGUCAUUCAGGCAAAUGGUUUAACUCAGGGGCUCUGAAACUAGGGGCUGUGAUCCCUCAGGGGGUUGCGAGGUUAUAACAUGGGGGGGUCACAAGCUGUCAGCCUCCACCCUAAACCCUGCUUUGCCUCCAGCAUUUAUAAUGGUGUUAAAUAUAUUAAAAGGUGUUUUUAAUUUAUAAUGGGGGGGUCGCACUCAGAGACUUGCUGUGUGAAAGGGGUCACCAGUACAAAAGUUUGAGAACCGCUGGUUUAACUGGCUUCAAAAGAGGAUUAGCCACUUCUGUGUAUAAGCAAAAUGUUUUGUAGCUAGGCUCAGAGCUUCCAAGGGUCAUCCUAAGUCCAAGUGUUUCAGAGCACCACCGAAAUGUCACCCCACGGGCACAGGUUGGAUCAGUCAGGUGCAUUAUGGGGGAUCAUCUUCUGAGGCGUCAGGCCGUGGUCAAUGCUGGCAGCAGGGGGCACCAGACAAAGGUCCUCGUCAGGUUGGCAAUUUUAUGUUUGUCCGAACUCAGGCUGAACACUGGCAGUAAUGCCUUGGUCUUUCACUUGCUGAUCGAUUGAAACCCAGAGGGUAGCCUGGGACUAAAAGGCCACUUCAUUCGUGGGCACUUAAGUUAAAGGCUCCUGAACUAAGCCUUGGCUGAAGAAGGCUUGAGGCAGGCCUCCUUAGCAACCAAGCGUGGGCCACAGAAAGCAUCUGAGCCAAACCUGCGGGCUGCCUUGGCUUGUCAGCUGCACUGACGUCGUGACGGCACCGAGCUUCUGAGCCACAGGACUCCAGACACCGCAUCGUGCUACAGUGUGAAAUAUCAUCUACUUCCCCCCUCCCCUCCAAUUGGCUCCAAGCCUGGCUAGACUAAAUUCCACGAGAUCAGUCUGAACCCAGAAUACUCAGUGGGCUCCUCGUUAAUAUCCGGGGUGCAUCAGGGUGUCACGUUCUGACUACACCGUCGGGGGAAGGAGAGGCCAGCCAUGGUGUCAUCAGCUCUUUCUAGCUUCUAUUUCCAAACUACUAUUCAAUCAGUUUGAUUUUUCAUAUAUAUAUAUAUAGCUUGUUUCCUGAGGUCAUUAAAGAAAGUAAAGCAGAUCUCUCUCUCCACAGAGACAAUGAGACCAGGUUAAUGGUGACGUGGCUGGCAAAUGAAACGAAUCUCACCAAUGUACCAUGGUUCAAUAUCACCAUGUUUCAGAUAUGACCAUCUUCUGUUAGCCUGUGUCAUAUCCAGGGAAAUCGGGUAUGCACGCACACACCAGCUACUUCUGCAAUGACAUCAUCCCAUUAGGCCAGAGCUCAUUGGCUAAUAUUGCUUCACUCCCCAGAAGUACAGCCUCCAGAAAGGCAGCGCUUGCAGGACUGAUGGAACCCCCCCGCCAGAUUUCAGUGCUGGAGCCGCACAGUUCAAUAAUUCAGUGAUUGUUUGCAAGCAACCAAGCAGAUGGCAUCGCCACGGGGUGCCCCCAGGGGAUGGUCAGGCAGAUGUAAUUUCUAGCUGCAAACUGUAUUUUAAUUCCAAGAAAAUAAAAAGUUAUUCUGAAGUAACACAAGGGAGGUGGGUAUACACAGAACCUGCCGUGAGGCUGGUUUCCAUUUCCAAUUUUAGGAGGGCCAUCCGGAGCUAGAAAUACAGGUUACACA